UUAAAUCCACGGUCUGACCUGGAACCGGACGUGAAAACACAGGAAAAGCGCGUAUGCCACCGUGGGCGAAUUGUUUUCUCGAGGACUCACUUCAUCCAUCAUGAGGACUGUGGAGAAAGUCGCCAGAACUUUUUCACGUGGAAGCUCUCACCUUCUACCCUGCAGCCGUUAAAAACAGCGUUCAUGCUUGACAAGCGCGUGCAGAUGGCGUGGAUUUUGACUUCGCAGUAACUGAUUGAGUUUCACUUGAAAGUUGAGGAAGGAACCUGAGCCUCACCUGAGCCACGCUGCAGCCACUCCCCGCUUGUGCGCACUGUCUGCGUGGCCCCUUGCAACGCUCAGGAUGGGCUCCCCGGUGUGGAGACCCGGGGCUCUGCCUGCGUGGAAAGCAACGGUUCUCCUCUUUAAUCUCAUCUCACCAACUCUGGCCAAACGGCACAUCGUUUACUGGAAUUCUACAAACACCAGGUUAACAUCAGGAGAGCUAUCGAUCCAGGUCAACCUGAACGACUACCUGGAUAUCUACUGCCCUUAUUAUCCCAACAAGAGGUCGGUGGGCUCAGGGCCACCCGAAACGCUGGCUCUCUACUUGAUAAGACAGUCUUCCUUCGGGGGUUGUGUGGAGACCAGAGGAGCCAUCCAGAGGUGGGAGUGCAACACCCCCUUUGCUCCGUUUGGACCUGUAAAAUUCUCUGAAAAGAUCCAAAGAUUCACCCCCUUCUCAUUGGGAUUUGAGUUCUUGCCAGGCCACCAGUACUAUUAUAGCUCUCUACCCACAGAUGAAGGCCCUCCUCUGCCAUGUAUGAAGCUGCGUGUCACCGUGUGCUGUGCGCCCACUUCGGAGGGUUCCCAGCAAAUACAAGGCACAGCACCGUACAGCAGCGGCCGUCCCUCCAGAACAGCUUCACUCCCGCUGUUGGUGACCGUCCUGCUCCAUCUCUUACUGACCACCUGAGCCCUUCGCCCGUCCACGAUGCUGACUCUGCACCGUUCUUCGCCACGUACUAUCGUCCAGUCAUGAGCUUAUAAGCGCCACAGUUCUUCAUGAUCAGGACCAAUUAGGACUCUCCAUCUCUCAGGAACUGACUCCGAACAAUCGGCCUUUUUAAAGUAAUCUUUCUGGAUCACAGAAAUGUGUUUACCUCCUUUCAGUGGCCAAAAAAAAACAGUGCACUGACGCUGACAUUUGACUUUUCUCAUGUUUACACUUGUAUUUUAAUACGAUAAAAGACGUGUGUUAGCGACACAAUGAUCAGACUGGUGAGGCUGCUGCGCCCCCUUAUGGGAUCAAAUUACUUUUUUUUUUUUUUUUUUAAUCCAAACCUAGGAGUGGCUGUGGUGGUGAGUUUGCUGUACAGAUAUGCAACCGUUUUUCUAUCUUUUUCCACAAAGAAUUUGUUUAGAUAGUUAAUAUAUUCUCCCAAAUGAUGUACAUUAGCAAUAUUCUAGUUUUAGUUCACCUUUUUUAAUCAUUAUUUAAACCCUGAUUUAUUUUCCUGCUUUUAUUCAUGUAGUUUAUCGUCGAUCGUCUUAACCCUCGCGCAGCAAUACGGACAUUCGUCUGUUUGUCCUGGUUCCGCCUUUCAUCUUUACUUUGCGCCUGUGCUGUCCAAAAAGUUUUUUUUUUUUGUCAUUGGAAUUUGAAAAAAAAUGUCCCAAAUUUGGGGUUGCUUUUAUGAAUCACCUAGCGUCAUUUUUUUUCAUCCGUUUCAGCAGUUUUAUUAUUAUUAUUUUUAAAUCUGUUCAACCCAGAGAAAUGCACCCCGGUCUGAUACACAUCUUAUGUUAGAAAGCACCAGUGAAAACAAGUUAUUUAACUGGCAUUUAAGGGGUUUGUGUGUUCAAAUAUUUGAAGGAAAAUGUUGCCGAACAAUCAGAAAAGGACUCUUUAUCUUGGCAACUGGGAUGAGAAGUGUUUUUAAUCUGAUAUAUUGUCACCACUAGUGACGUUCUAGAGUGAGUGAGUUGGACCUUGUGGUUAAAAUACCAAAAAUUUUACUGCUACUUCAAUAUUUUAAGUAAUGGAUAACUGAGUCGAUGAUUUGAUGCCUUAUUCACGGAGCACUAUCUAUGAGAUGUUAGAGUCAGAAUCAUCCUGCUUGUGGUAGAUUUGUCCGCAAUGUUCUGUAUUUUCAUGAUUCUUGUGUUUUUAUUUGUGUCGUCCUGCUCCUGCUUUCACAUUUUUGUGAAGAAAAUUGCUUCUUCUGUGAAGAGCUGACUGCAAUCUGAGCCUUUUUCAUUACUACCGCGGCGACUCGACACGUGAGUGCAUUAAUAAAAGAUUGAGGUCAGCUGGUUUUGUUUAUUUGACGUAUCUGCCACAACUUUAUUUGUGGAACACACGCAUCCACACACACACACACACACCGAGGAAAGACUCGGGAGAAUGCAGAUAAGGAGACUUCUGGGACUCAAGAUGACCUUGUGGUUAAAAAAGGUUGUUGUAAUGCGAGAAACAGACGGGGAUAUUGAGCCGAGUUUUUAUCUGCAUGCAGCUUGAAGAGAUAAGAUACCCAAUAGACUCCUGGUAUUAAUUGACUCCCAAGCCAAUAUGUCCGUCCCAAAAUGUUUGUUUUAGUCAACGCGGUGGUGUGAGGACAUAUAUAUAUAUAUGUAUUUAUAUAGAUAGAUAUAGAUUGAUAUUAUUAUUAUAUAAUUUGUUUUUUUCAUCAGUCAUCAAAUUUUAUUCUUAAUAUAGUAGGGGGUUAUUUUUUGGUCCACUUUGCCUCACGCUCUGGAUCACACAUGUGCUGUGAUAAAACAAGAUGUGGGUUUCGACUGUCUAUGUCAUGUAAUUUAUGAUUUAUUUGCUUGUGAACACACGUAAUUAUUAGGACUACAAAUCAAACGUCAGAUGUAUGAGGUCACAGCAGAAUGCUGAACUACAGGUACUAUCAAAACUAUCAGAGGUAGAAGCUAGCAAACAUUAGGUGACAUUGUUAGACAUCUCUCCAUUGACUCCUUUGGACAAGUCAUGGUCCUUUCACAGUCCACUACUGAUGUUUGAAGUUUCAUCUUUCUUACUCCUAAUACAUUGCAAAGCAUAAUAGGGUAUGUUUCAAAUGAACCACACAUAAGACUCUUAUUUUGAAAGUGGGCUUCUGCAUCUUAUACACACCCCAAAGGCAGUGUUCAGUGUUGCUUGUUGACGCAUUAGGCUUUCCAUUGAGGCAUGUUCUGCCUUCCGCGGCAUAUCCUGACACAGCAGGCAGCGCGUCUCGGUCAAGAAAGAUGGAGGUAAAGCCAUGGGAUGGUGAUCCUUUCACGCAACAUGUAGCAGGUAAUAACAUGUAAUAACUCAGUAUACGAAGCCCCUCAAACUACAGUAGCAUAAGGGCAACAGAUACAACAUGUGUAUAUCAAGUGACAUCCAAUAUUAUUCAGAAGAGACCUUCAUUUACAGAUAUACUGACACACCCCAGGCGUAGAAGAGACCUGCUGAGAAAUGUUUAACAAAACCAUCUUUUUGCAUGCAAGAUCAUGAAAUUGUGUUCUUAUAUUCACACUUGCUAAUUCAACCUUUUCUGUGUCACAAUCUCAUCUCAUCGUCGUGUUUGCGUUUCGUCUCCCUGAUGAUGAUGAUGGCGCAUCGUCCCUAAACACGGGGCUAGACAUCCAAAUAAAUGCAUUUCCAUUUAUAUAGUCUAUAAUGUGGGAGCUGUUCAGAAGCCAGAGAAGCAAUUUUACUGGAUAACAGCGCUAAUGCUUCUAUUUCAUGGUGUGUGAUGACAUGUUUGUCACUCUUGUUUGGAAGCAGCUUCCCUUUCAACCUUCAAGUGGAAAUCGCUGAAGUUUGGGUUUACACUUUUUGAAGAGAUUCAUGAAAUCAAGAUAUGAGGUUGAUCUUUUAUUGACUGGAGGAUUCUCAGUUUACCUUUUUUUUUUAACCUUUUUUCAAGCUGCUCAGUUUUGUUUUGUUCAUGAAAAUAACUGACAACUGCUGAAUGCUUAAAAUCCAUC